GAGAGAGGGAGACAGGAGAGAGACGGACCAGCACGGUCCAGAUCUCUAUAUGGGUUGCGCCCUGAGUGCAGAUAGCUGCGGGGACGAGCCGGAUCCGGUGCCAGUGAGAGGGUCUUUAAGGAGAAAGAGAGCAGAGUCCAGGGGAACCAUGAGGCUGACUAAGGCAGGCAAGGGCGAGCCCCACUUCUUCAAAGAAAAGACCUUCAAAAAGAAGCGCCAGUGUGUGGUGUGCAGACAGAGCGUCGAGAGUUUGGGCUCCUUCUGUCGAGUUUGCAAAACAGCCACUCAUAAGAAAUGCGAAGCCAAGAUCAACACAGCCUGCAUCCCGGCACAACCCUCCGAACUGCGGAGGGGGACAUCCUCAUCUAGACACAUUCAGCAUCUGGGCUCAACCAAGUCUCUGACCUACACCAAACAGAGAAACACUCUCCCGAGGAGCUUAAGUGUGGACCGGGUAAUGGACAGAGUGAUGGAGAGGCACUAUGAUUUCGACCUCACCUACAUCACAGAGCGGAUCAUCUCUGUGUUUUUCCCCCCUCUGCUGGAAGAGCAGCGGUACCAUCUCAAUCUCAGAGAGGUGGCGGCCAUGCUCAAGUCCAAACACCAGGACAAGUUUUUGUUAUUUAAUCUGUCUGAGAGAAGACAUGACAUCACUCGAUUAUCCCCAAAGGUUCAUGAAUUCGGCUGGCCAGACAUGCACGCUCCUCCGCUGGAUAAGAUCUGUGCUAUGUGCAAGGCCAUGGAGAACUGGCUGAACUCCGACCCCCAGCAUGUGGUUGUUCUGCACUGCAAGGGCAACAAAGGAAAGACAGGAGUUAUUAUUGCUGCUUACAUGCAUUACAGCAAGAUAUCAGCGGGAGCAGAUCAGGCCCUCAGCACAUUGGCCAUGAGAAAGUUUUGUGAAGAUAUAGUGUCCUCCUCUCUCCAGCCCUCUCAGAAUAGGUAUAUCUAUUACUUUGGUGGUCUGCUCUCAGGGGCCAUUAAAAUGAACAGCAGUCCUCUCUUCCUCCAUCAGGUCCUCAUUCCUACCAUCCCCAACUUCCAGGAAGAUGGAGGUUUCUUCCCUUUCCUGAAGAUCUAUCAGUCCAUGCAACUUGUCUACACUUCUGGCAUAUAUGAUUUGCAGGGCUCUGGCAGCAGAAGGCUGAUAGUCACUAUUGAGCCUGCACUGCUGCUAAAAGGAGACAUCAUGGUAAAGUGUUAUCACAGACGUGUUCAGGCUUCUGAAAGAGACUCUGUGUUUCGACUGCAGUUCCAUACUUGCACUAUUCAUGGAGCUCAGUUGUGGUUCGGCAAAGGGGAACUGGAUGAAGCCUGUUCAGAUGACAGAUUCCCCACUGAUGCCACAGUGGAGUUUGUGUUUUCGUCUGGACCAGAGAAGAUCAAAGGGAGAGCGAGCCAGAGGAAUGAUCCAGCUGUCAGUGUGGACUAUAACACAAAUGAUCCUGUGGUGCGCUGGGACUCUUAUGAGAACUUCAAUCAGAGACAUCAGGACAGCUUAGAGGAUAUUGCACACACAAGAGGACCUCUUGAUGGUAGCCUGUAUGCACAGGUCAAAAAGCGUCGUGCUGCAGGCUCAGCCUCCACCAAUGGGAGCCCUGCAAGAAGCUCUGAUGAGAGACCUAGUCAGCUUCUGUCUGUCAGCACUGAUUCUGGACACUCAUCCAUCCCACCUGACCGCCUCAAUGAACCAACACGACCGUCCCCGCCCACUCAGCAUGAGAGGGAAGAACUUGACCGGCUCCUGGGUGGAAUUGAAGGUGAAGGAAGUGUGAGGGAUCGUGACCGAGAGACGGCCAUUUUGGACGACGGCGACUCCUUGCCCCCUGAACGAACUGGGUCACUGAGGUUAGGCCGUUCAUGUUCGUGUCGGGUGGGCUACCGAUCCCAACGUUGUGUCGAGCCUGGAUGCGAUGGACUCCAUCACUUAUCCAAUGGCUAUUACCUUGAUCGAACUCCCACCACUAACGGACACACUGGAGCUCCUUCUCCAGGUAUGGCGUCGGUCAUUGGGCUUUGCCAACACCACAGCGCUCAUCCUAACCAGUCCCUGCCACCUCCAGACCUGCUCUGGGACCGCCAACAAGGCCCACAGCACUACCUUCACCGCACUUGCUCAGAGGGGCCAUCACGUCACUUGUGCCCGUAUCCUUCCCAAGACAUCAGCCCCAAUCCGCAUAGUCUGUCUCCAACUGGGCGACUGCUCUGUAGGGCUGACGAGUACAUUCCAUACCCCCAUCAUCACCACAACCAUCCGCACCACAUGAAACCUUCUGGUCCUUACCAUGACGUCAUGAUGUUAGAUGGCCUAGUGACGCCUGGCUGCCCAUGUCGGGAUUGCUGCCUGCGGCGAGAAGAUUUACACACCCUCCGUUUGGACAGAGAAGACGGACUACACUGGGAGCGAGAAGCAGAGCUUCACCGGGAUGCUGGGUUGAGGCGUGGUAGAGAGUCUGAUAUCCAGAGAGGUCCAGAGUUAUGGGACCAGGAGUUAGGGCUACGGCGGGGCAGAGAAAUGCCACUCCACUGGGACAGAGACAGAGAGGCAGAGCUACAGUGGGAGAGGGAACGAGAAGCAGAAUAUUGGCACAGAAGGACCACCAUAUCGCCCUACGUGCCCCACAGUCAUGACUUCACAGACAACUUCGAUCCCCUGCCUGCCGGCCACCCAGCAUACCCCGAACCCUCCCGGUCCCACUCUCACAUCCAUCUGGAUCUCAAAUACAGCAGCAGCUCCAAUGGAUACCAGACGCCACACCAGGCAUGCCCCUGCUCCCCCUACCAGCCCUCACCUUCAGAGAGCCGUGGAUAUGCCUCGGGCUACCAGUCUGAAUCCACGUCCCCCCUACCCCCUCCCUCCGCCUCCUGCCCAGGCCCAGUGCCCCACACCAGUGGACCAACAGACAGCCAAACAGACGCACACCCCCAGCAGUACACCUCUGACAGAAAUACAGAUUGUCCUGGUGCAGUUGGCGUAUGCUGGCGCAGUCACAUCAACCAUGGUUCCCUGCGACGGACACACCGAGAUCCACAUGCUCCAUGUUCCACACCCUCUGAUAUUUCAGGACCUCCAACACCAGUCCACACUAGCAGCCCAUUGCGAACCCAGGAGAGCCCCAGUCUGAGUGUCCGUGAAUAUGACACGAGAGAGAUGAACAGUGAAAACAGUUCAGCCCACUCCCACAACAGGCCUUACCAUCCUGCCCUGCAGUCCAGCAGCACCAAUCAGGUGCCUCGGCAAACUGUACUUUCAUCUAAUCAAGAGAUUACUGAGACACACACCUUUCCUGCCACGCCCACCACCAUCCAACAACUCUCCACAUAUUCCACGCCUACAACACUCCCAACCCCACAAAUCCCCACCAGACCAGAACACUCCACCCCUUUAACACCCCCAUCAGAAUCUAAUCAACCACAGACUUACUGCUCGCCUACUGCUGCAACAGUGCCACCCACAGGGGAAAUGGUACUUAUGCCCCAGACAGCCCAACCUGAGACUGUUAAACAAGUAACCCCACAUUCUGUUAGCCCUCCACAGCCCUCCUCUCCUGUCCCUGCUGAGUCCAUCCCACCUAACCCGCAGUCUAAUGGAGGGUCACCAUCUCCUGAGCCAGAUGCCCCUAAACCUGCUUCCUCUGCCCCUGCGUCCUCACAACCGCCCGUUGGAGACCAUGAGAGCUCUUCUUCACCCGAACCGCCAGUGCCUGGGUUCGCAACACUAGGCAGGAAGCUAAUGCUGGGCUCUGAUACCUCACUUCCUGCUGGACACAUGCAAGUGUGCACCAGCAUGGAUGGAAGUCCAAACUCCUCAAUGGGACAUUCCACACCUACCUUCCCUCUCGGCUCAGCCUGCUGCACCCCGUCUCCACCGGCAAGCUCCUACUCAGGGUGUCCAGCCGUCUCUGUUCCACAGCCUCCGCUUCCCGAAAAACGCCGCCAAUCUGGGCUGCCAGGCUCGCCCAAUGGGAGGUCUGGAACCUUGAGGGCAUCCAUGGGUCACCCGCCCUCUGGACAGCACCAUGUUACGUUCUCCUCUUCAGUAGGAGAGCUGACUGUGCCUGCUGGACAGGUAGAUGUCGGUGUGGAGGUUGAAAUGGGCAGCCGUGUCAGUGUGAAAUUUGUGCAGGACAGCUCUCGGUUUUGGUAUAAACCUGGCAUCUCCAGAGAGCAAGCUAUAGCAGCACUGAAGGAAAGAGAGCCAGGGGCCUUCCUCAUCCGAGACAGUAACUCCUUCCAGGGGGCCUACGGGCUGGCCCUGAAAGUGGCCAGCCCGCCUCCCAAUGUCAGUAACCACAGCAGCAAAGGGGGAGAUCCUCUGGAACAGCUGGUUCGACACUUCCUUAUUGAGACAGGCCCCCGAGGAGUGAAGAUCAAGGGCUGUCAUAAUGAACCCUACUUUGGGAGUCUUUCAGCACUUGUGUAUCAGCAUUCCAUUACACCGAUCUCUCUGCCCUGUGCCCUCCACAUCCCAGAGAAAGACCCAAUAGGAGAAGUCCCGGAGGUUCAGCCAGUCAGUAAUAUGAGUACAGCUGCAGACCUUCUCAAACAGGGAGCAGCCUGUAAUGUGCUAUACCUGAACUCAGUAGAGACUGAGUCGCUGACGGGGCCCCAGGCUAUUGCUAAGGCCACGGGGGCCACAAUGACACGCAACCCUCGGCCCUCUGCCACAGUGGUCCACUUUAAGGUGUCGGCCCAGGGCAUUACACUGACGGACAGCCAACGCAGGGUGUUCUUCAGAAGACAUUACCCCAUCAACAGUGUGACUUUCAGCAGUGUGGACCCACAGGACAGAAGGUGGACUAACUCAGACAGCACGACCUCUAAAGUAUUUGGUUUUGUUGCCAAAAAGCCUGGGAGCGUAGCGGAGAACGUGUGCCACCUUUUCGCAGAGCUGGAUCCGGAACAGCCCGCGACUGCCAUUGUCAACUUCAUUAACAAAGUUAUGCUGGCACCACAGAGACACUAGAGCCCCAGGGAGGAGAAAGAUCAUUUGUCUUCUUCACUUACACCACAGCACCGGUCUAAUAUGGCUUUGUGCACCAAACACAAAUGACAACAAAGUUUAAGGCUUCGGAAAUGCAUUUUACUGACUACAAACCUUUUGUUUGUUGCAUAAGGGCUUUACCAUUGACUUGAUACUUUGAUACCAUGGUAUAUCAUUGGACCUUGGUACCAUAACAUGAUACCAAAACAAAUUAAAGCCAAAUUUUUCAGAAUGUAAACAAACUGAAGCAAACAGUCUGUUAUUGUCAAGCGGUAUUUUGGUAUUCAUGGGAUUGUAAAUAACUUUAUGAAAUAAAGUCACUUAUGGCACCAUGACUGCUAAACUAUGUAGACUUAGCACCAGGGGUUUUCAAAACAGAUAUCUAAGCACUUUUUUUGACCCCUGGAUAAAAAUAAAUGUUAUAUGCACUCAGAAACAUACACCUUGCACAGAUAUCAGUCUCUGCAGUAUGACAAUCAACAGGUAAUGUACAUCAGUUUUGCUCUUUAUUUAACUUUCAGACCAUGUCUAAUUAGUUUGAAAAUUAGUUUUCAUUUCCUGACGUCAUCGUAUAUGUACGUUUAAGAUUGGGGUUAUGGAGAGCAUUUUUUGUGGGAAGUAAAACACAGCUCUAAUGUGGAAAAGAGGCAUAAAUGUAGACCGUUUUCAAACAAAAAUGUAUUAGUAGGCCACAUCCACACAAGUCCGUUUUCAGUCUCCCAACACCAUUGUUUUCCAAAGAAUGUGGUGGAAAUAGUUUUCAAAACGCUUCAUUUUUGUGUGCAGGAAAACGGCUUUCUGAUGUAGAUGACAGGUGUAAAUGUUGUGAAAUUAAUGUGUUUUCAAUUGAAAAUGUUAUAGUAGGCCACGUGCACACUAUUCCACUUUUGUUUGAAAACUCCGUUUUCAUUUUCCUAACAUCAUCGUUUUCCAAAGUAUGCGGUUUAUGAAGGUUGUUUUCGGAACUCUCAAUUUUCGGUGGAGGAAAACUGGAUUCAAAUGUGGAUGAUGGGUGUAAACGUAGCAAAAUGUAUGCGUUUUCAUCCAAAAACGUAUUGGUUGAUCAUGUGAAUACAUUCGUUUUUGUUUGAAAACUCAGUUUUCAGUUUCCCACGUCAUCGUUUUCCAAAGUAUGCGGUUAUGGAGGUCGUUUUCGGAACGCUCUGUUUUCGGUGGAGGAAAACUGGAUUCAAAUGUGGAUGAGGGGCGUAAACGUUGCAAUAUUAAUGGGUUUUCAAACGAAAAUGUAUUAGUAGACCACAUGCACACUGAACUGUUUUUGUAAAAUUCUCUUUUCAGUUUCCUAAGUUAUUGUUUUCCAAAGUAUGUGGUUAUGGAGUGCAUUUUCUAGACGCUGCAGUUUUGGUGGAGGAAAAAGCUUUCCUUAUGUGAGCUUUAAAGGUAGCAAAAUGAAUGGGUUUUCAACCGAAAAUUUACUAGUAGGCCACGUGCACACAAAUCCGUUUUUGUUUGAAAAAGUUCUGUCAUCGAAAAGGCCACGUCCAUUUCAUUUGAAAACAUUAAUUUACUUUUACGCUUCUCAACAUUACAUUCUACACAUAAGAAUGCCGUUGUCCUCCCACAAAAAAGUUUUCAAGCAAAAAUGGAUUAGUUUAUGCUAAAUUACUGGUUAAUUUUUAUUUAACAGGAAAUUUCAAAGGCGAACUAGUUAAAAAAUAAUUUUGACUGGAAAGAAGGUGCCAUUGUUUCUGAAUCUGGCCUGAAGAGUCAGUAAGCAAUAUGGGAAGUUUGAGAGAGUUUGAGAUGGAGAUACAGACAUGUGAUUAUUUCCCAGAGAGAAUUCAGUUACCUUUAGAGUGUGAAGGAAUGAUAUUUGUCCCUUUAUGUUUUGUAAUAUUUCAUGCACUGUUAAUAAAUAUAAUAAAAUACAUUCAAAUAUACCAUCCAAUUUCGUACAUCACAUAUUUUCUGAAACAUAAGCUUGGUCAGCUAAACGUCAUACGUCACGCUGUACUGUUGUGCGUGCAAUAUUGUGUAGUAAAACAUAUUGGAAUAUAAUCAGUCUUUAAACUGAUAAAGACAGGCGCAGGAGGUUUCCACCACCAUAACGUUUCAUUCUGUAUUUCAUGUUCACAUAAAGAAUGAUACAAAAUGUCCAGAAGUUGUUUAUAACCAAAGACUAUGCUCUGUAUUCAGUUACGAUUUAAGCUGUGCCAUUUCUUUUACAUACCUGUAGCAACAAGCUAUUGCUGUUUUUGACAGAUAGUAAGACAUGUCUAAGACAUCUUGAAUAUAUUGUAUUCUGUAUUUUCUUAUUGAUCUUUGUAUGUAGUAAUAUAUUUUCUCACAUACAGCAGACUUGGGAAGUAAAAAAAAAAAAAAAAAGACUGAUAAAAAGAUUUUUUUCUUAUUAUUAUUAUUACCAAAUGCUAUUUUUUCAGUGUAUGCGCAAAUGAUAAAUAUAAUAAAGAUUUUUAAAGUCAUGGUACCAAA